CUUUCAGUACGCCGAAAUAUGUCUCUUGGGACUCGUUUCGUAGGAGCCGACCUGUACGGACGUGUUCUAUUCAUUCUCGUGAGAAAGUCGCUUUCUGCGCAUAACUUUGUACCGGCAAUUCGAGUUAUCGAUUCCUACUAUUAAUAAAUUUAAGUGAAUAUCCAGUCGGCUCUAAAAAUAUUUAAGAAUACACACCACAGUUCGAAAUCUGGAGACGGUGGGCGAAGAUUUUACGUCUCGCCACCCAGUGGUGCGGGCUAAUACGAGACACGAAUUCGGCCAUUUUGUUGAAAGAUAAUACGCACUAUCGCUAAGAUUGUUCGUGAGCACGAGGAAAUUAUAAUCGGGGAAGCCCAUUACACUAGGAAACCAUAACUAAUAGGAGGCUCAUUAAAAUACUAGGAUGGCUCAAUAAGAACGGACUCCCCGACUGAAGGCGACCCGAAUUUACAGACGACUCCUGUAUGACCAUGUGGUACCAAGAAUUCGGGAUACCUAUUAUACCAGGAAGGCGUAAUAUAUAAUACCCAUUAAGGCUAUCAGCAAAGUCUAGACAGUAGAGGGUUAUCUCCGAGCGAAGAGGUUCGCAAGGAUUUCCCGAAACGCCUGGAGACUUGAUAAUAUCCAAGAGGAUCAAAGAAGACCUGUUAAGGGCACAGUUAACCCCCACAACUGUUGCUCAUAGAUUUUCUGAAAUCGUGGUACUUUGUCUCGUCGGAGACAGAAAUCCAUUGGGUUAAAGAAGAAGAAGAAGAAGAAAUAUGUCUCUUAUGUCCCAUGAAGCGGAUUACGCGGAAGCGGAACGAGUGGAUCACCAAUCAUGGGACUGUUUCAACGAAAUUUUUGAAAAGAUCAAACCAAUGAAAUGAUUCUUUUAGAGGAUUCAGACUUGUAUACAGUUAUCAGUUAUUUAAAGAUAAUAGGACAUUCUUAUAUAAAUAAAAUUUGGGUCCAAAUAUUAAUUAAACAAAAGUUUUUAUGGCUUCUGAAGAAAUAUUUUUGUCGUAAGGACUUUACCAUUCGUACAUUUAGAUCGUGGGACAAGUUUACACCCUGUAUGACACUUAAUAUGAGCAUAAUAUCCAUAUGGUCAGAAGAUAUUGUAGGCGCAAAAAAUUUAGCAACAUUUUUAGAUAGAAAUGUUAUAUUUAUAAACACACAUAUGGAUCUCUAUGGUAGCACUAUGCUUUUACCAUAUGUAAAAGUGUUUGGUAAAAUAAACGAAGGAUUUAAGUCUAGUUUCAACCAUUUAAUACAGCCAAGUAUAAACGAAGUAAACCUCUCGGAUAUUUCUUUUGGGGCUUCUACGGCUUCUAUCUACAGUUUAUUUUAUGCCGGCAAAUGGCACUUACCUAUAAAAGGCACAUAUUGGAAACAUAAUAAUUAUUUUUGGGCGAAUACAACAAUUGAUGAUGUUAAGAUGUGUUUUGAUUCAGCUAUAAAAGGAUUUCAAACUUGGAAAUCUUGGUCAGUUAAUAAUAGAAAAAACUUAUUAUAUGAAUUGAUAGCAACAAUUAAAUAUGACAGACAAUUAUCGGAAGAUGUACUAUCACGAUUGUGUUCUCCAUUUGGCAAAUUUUUAUUGCCCGAUAAAACCUCAUUACAUUAUUCUGAAAAUGAUAGAGUGGAAGUAAUCCAAGAUCGUAUUCCGAGAGGCAUUAUUAUUCUUAAAGAAAAAACUGAAGAAAUAUUAUUGCUUCGACUGAUACAAAUUUUAUUAUCUGGCAAUUCAGUUAUUGUGAUAGCUGAUGCAAAUUCUUGCAGUUUAGCACCAUAUUGUGAUCUCUUUUCAACAUGUAGAAUACCGCGAGGCGUUAUAAAUUUACUAUCAAAUGAAGAUAUUAGAAAUUUAGAAUUAAGUUUAUGUGCAACAGAUUAUGCAAAUUAUGAAAAAAAAAAUCACUUCAUUGAACAAUGAAAUAACGUAUGUAAACCUUACCAUACCCAAACCAAUUAUACUCUCCCUCAAAUAAAUUUGAUUAAUAUAGAAUCAUUAAUAUGUCAGCUAAUGUGUAACAAAGAUAGAACUAUAUAAAACAGUAAAAACACCUUGAUGUAUUUUUUUUAAUAUUACAUUAAUUCGCAAUUUUAGAUGGACAAUUGGUCUCUAUCAUAUAUUCAUUAAUCAAUUCUCUCAAAAGCCUACAUUUGAAUAAUUAUAACAUGACAUACAUUGUAAAUUAAAACAUUUUAUGAAAGAUUUGAAAUAAAUUUCUGUAUUUUUACUCAUAUGUACAUACAAUUAUAAAAUUCAAAUUACAAUUUUAUCGUGCGAAUAUUUGAUUAGCAAAUCAAUUAAUUUAGCAAAUCAUUAAUAUUUCAAAUUUCAUAUAACACGAUAUAUUUUACACGUAACUAUAUCAGUAAUUUAAAAAAUAAAGGAAAAGGGAAAGAAAAAAUAUGUUUACAUCGUAAAUUCUUUCUGAAAGUUUUUCAAGCGGUAUAUAUAUAAUAAGAUAUAUGGUAUAUCUUAUUGAUAUUGUAUCUUGUUAUAGAUCAAUUUAUACUAUUUUUAGUCAAUGAAAAAAAAA